AUGCUCAAAUACAAUCGCUUACUUUGCAACAGCGCUUUGAUAGCAAAGUCUCAGAUACGUUUUUAUAGAUUGAAGCGAGCGCCAUUGGACCACAUCUCCCAUAUACCUGAAGUUCUUAAUAAGACUACCAUAAAGCCAGAUGAACCAGAAAAAUGCCUCGUUAUGAAAGGAGAAACACCAGAGGUGGUUGAAAAUGACCUUCUUAGUAGUAAGAAAUUUCAAGAGAUUAAUGCGCUUGAUGCUACCCAAGAAACGUUCAUUCAAUACCUGAAAUUUUGCAAUGGAAAUACUUUCAAAAGAAGCAAUAAGAAUCUAAACAAUUUGAAGAAAACUUUAGAAAGCAGGGAAUCCAAUAGUAUUACAAAAAUUAGUGCGGUUUUCAACUAUCUGUUAGAAGAGUGUGACUUAGAAAUAAAAAGGUUGAACACAACUGGCCUACGUCAAGUUUGCGAUGAAGAGGAAAGAAAUGAAGAUGACUUAGAGCAAUCCAUAAUGAACGAUAUUUUCCAAUCAGCAGAGGAACAAUUAGGAGAUCAGGAGGCUCGCAGAUCCUUAAAAAAUACGUCAUUUCUUCUCGACAUUUUGAAAAGCUUUAAUGAGCGGUUUAAUGGAGUGAUCCAACCAAAAGAGUCAAUAGUAGAAAUGAUCACAUUCAGUCAACUUGCUCAAGCCUUUGAAGUUGUCAAAUUAAUACCGGUGGAAGGAAAGAAGCAAAAAGGUAUUUACUUGGUUGGAAAUUUACUUUAUGGCACAGGGAGAGUUCGUUUAGAUCCUAUAAAUGAGUCAUUCUACAUUGAAUCUCUACUGAUUUUUGGAAACUACAAGGCAGCAUACAAUUUAUUUAUUACUAAUAAAGACAAAGUAAACGAGCGCUGGUGGAAUGAACUAGGUUUAAUGAUCACAUUAAGAUCUAACCAUUUGAGAAAUUUCAGAAAACUUUUAGCCGAGACAGAUGUUAAGUUCCCGACAAAGUAUUCUUAUUUAAGCCCAAGAGUUGUUAAAUUGGGUAUACGAAAGUAUCUGUCGAUUGGCAAUGUUACUGAGGCUAAUGUGCUGACUGACCGAUUUAUCAAAUUAGUGGCAGAAGUUGGAAUAAUUAGAAUGAAAGAUAAGCAGGGGGGAUCUCCAAUGGGAGUUAAAAAUUUUCAGAAUGAGGAACAUGCUACUGAAUUUCUGAAUGAAGCAGAAAUACCAUCGGACUACGACUAUAUAAGCAUUGUUGAUUUCCAUCUUUUUAAGAAAAACAUUCCCAUGGCGGCGCAACUUAUCAGUAGGUACAUGGAAAUACCUGGAACGACGCAAGAAGAUGCUGCAUUUCUAAUUUUGAAAACCAAACUGAAUAUGUUAAAAGAUUUUGAAAAGCUACGCAACAUUUUUGCUCAAAGCAAAGAUUACGUCGUGCCAACGAAUAACAUCAGAAUGUUGAAAAAGGCAUUUGAGAGCGUUAUUAUUAAGUAUAACACAGAUGCUCCAAUAUAUAAUGACUUGCUGUUUGAAAACGUUUCGGCCUUAACAAAAAGUGUUGUAUUAACUGAUUUUGUGGAAGAGUUUAUUGCUCAACAGGCUUCUGGACAAUGGAUGAAACUAAACAGUGUGUCACGUUCUAAAAAGUUUAAUGGAUUGUUGAACAUACUUCUGGGUAUAGGUGAAGAAGAAAAAGCAUAUAAUGUCUUGAAGAAGCUAGAAGAAGCCUCCCACAAAUCAAAAAAGAACCCAGAUUUACUUUAUAAUCAAUUUUAUUCCGAAGUUAAUGCGUAUCAUUACGCUAAAUUUGUUGAAUUUUAUAGUCUUCAAAUUCAAAAUAUGAAGGCACGAAACACACCCUCAUUUAGCAAAAAGGAAUGUAAGCAGAAAGUGAAGUCACUUUUAAAAAGGAUGCAGCAGUCAGAGAUUACUCCGAAUGCUGUUUUUUUGAGAGAAAUACUUAACUUUUAUGAUAGCAUAUAUGACUUUAAUUCAAGUUUUGAGAUUAUCAACCCGUUACUUGAGACCAAACAACAGGUGAGCUCUGAAUCUUCACUAUCAACUUCAGAUCCUUCCCAAUUUUAUAACCGCCGUAUCAUAACAAAACCGUUGUACCACAAGAUUUGGUCGGUGUAUUGCCACUACUAUCAUGUUUUACAAAAUAAUUCUAAGAUAUUAUCAAAAAAAUCGUCCAUUGUAAAGAAACUGAUAAAAAGGCAGAUAAAAACACAUCCAACUUGUCACCCAAGAGUAUUGUUUCGAAUGACGACAAACAAUGGUGAAAUUUUACCAGACAGGGCCUUUUCUAAAUUAAUUGUUUCCACGUUUAUAAAAAGCGGAGAAUUAGAGGCAGUUCCUGCCGUAUUAACAUUUCUAACGAAAAAGUUUGAUUUGGAUAUUGAUUACGAUAUGAGUAUGUAUAUUUUAAAGGGUUUGAAGAGACAAUAUUUACGAGAUAUUAGUAACAUCAGUAAAGAUGCUUGUGAUUACAAGAUGCGGAAGAUGGAGUUAAUGAAUAAUGAGUUGAUUUUAAAAAGGAUCCCACAGGAUACAGAUCAAAAGAGGAUACUAUCUCAUUUGAUCAGGGAAAUUUUGAUCUUCAUAAAGUGGAAAGAAAGAAGCGCUUAUUCUAGUUUCCUGAUGGUAAAAGAUGCCUUUGGAGAAUUAGGGACAGAGUCUACUUUGCCCGAGGAAUUAAUAGAAGAAGUAAAUAAAUUGAAGAUAAAAGCGUGA